AUGAAGCUUUUGGUUUCUUCUCUAAUUUUAAUUGCCUUGAGUCUUUCUGCUUUGACUUUCUUAGCUUUAGAAAGACCUAGUAAUGAGCUUGGAGAUAUGUAGAAUGUUGCUAUGAUGUUUUUAAAAUACUUACAAAGAUAUAAAAUGCAUAUAAUAAAUCCUAAGGAAUAUAUGUACAGGCUUAAUAUUUUUGCUAAAAAUCUUUAAAACAUUAAAAAUCAUAACUAAAUUUCUAAUAAACCUUAUAUUGAAGGGAUCAACUAAUUUACUCAUCUAACUGAAGAAGAAUUCGAGUAAACCUACCUAACACUUCAAAUACCUGCUUCUAAACAAUAUAAAACCUAAGAAUUUUUAGGAGACGAAGUUCCUUCAUCUAUCGAUUGGAGAGAUUUAAAUGCUGUUACUCCAGUCAAGAAUUAAGGUUCUUGUGGUUCAGGUUAUGCAUUCUCAACUACAGGUGCUUUAGAAGGAAUUCAUAAAAUAUCAGGAAAAGAUUGGAAAGGAUUUUCAGAAUAACAAAUAAUUGAUUGUUCUAGAAAAUAAGGAAAUUCGGGUUGUCAUGGAGGUUUUAUGGAAAACGCUUUUGAUUUUGUCAUUGAAAAUGGAAUUUUAUAGGAAAAUGAUUAUCCUUAUGAAGGUCAUGCAAACUUUAAGUGCAAAAAGAAUAAUUCUAAUCAAUAAAGUUAUAAAAUAUAAGGCUAUUACAAUAUAAAUAAAUAUGAUUGUAGAGGCCUUUAAUAAGCUGUUGCUUAAUAACCUGUCUCAGUUGCUAUUGAUGGUAAAUUUUUGUAAAGAUAUCAUUCUGGAAUAAUUGGAGACUGUGGUAGUAGUGUGAAUCUAAACCAUGGAGUUUUAAUAGUUGGAUAUACUGAAGAUUUCUUCAUAGUAAAAAACUCUUGGGGUACAAACUGGGGUGAAGAUGGUUACUUCAGAAUCACUAAAACAAAUACAUGUGGCAUUUGCGAAGCAGCUUCUUAUCCAUAUUCAAUAAACUAUUAAUGA